AUGGGGCGCAGCGCUACCUGGGGAGGCCGGCUGCCCCCGCGGAAGGACUCGGGGACCGACGGUCUAGGAGACGCGUGGGGACAGCCGAGCCGCGCGGGGCCCCUGGACAGCGUCGCCAAGGAGCUGGGGUCGCACUUGCUGCAGACCUUGGAUGGCUUUGUUUUCGUGGUGGCAUCCGAUGGCAAAAUCAUGUACAUAUCGGAAACGGCCUCGGUCCAUCUGGGCCUGUCCCAGGUGGAGCUCACGGGCAACAGCAUCUAUGAGUACAUCCACCCGUCCGACCACGACGAGAUGACGGCCGUGCUGGCGGCCCACCAGCCCCUUCACCAUCACCUGCUCCAAGAGUACGAGAUAGAGCGGUCCUUCUUCCUCCGCAUGAAGUGCGUCCUGGCGAAGAGGAACGCGGGCCUGACCUGCAGCGGAUACAAGGUCAUCCACUGCAGCGGCUACUUGAAGAUCAGGCAGUACAUGCUGGACAUGUCCCUGUACGAGUCCUGCUACCAGGUCGUGGGGCUGGUGGCCGUGGGCCAGUCGCUGCCGCCCAGCGCCGUCACCGAGGUCAAGCUGCACAGCAACAUGUUCAUGUUCCGGGCCAGCCUCGACCUGAAGCUCAUCUUCCUGGACUCCAGGUUUUCUGCCCCAGAACAUCUCACUGCAGGUGUGAGAAUGGCCGUCGAGUCCCCCAGCGCCAAAGAAGCCACAGAUGCCACGGGGGGCCGGGUGGAGAGGGUGGGGCUCUGCCUGGCGCCCCCCGCACCUGCCCGCUGCGACCCCGGAGGAGGCGGCGGUGUGUGCGUGCCCAGGCUCCGGGAGCCAGUGCCCAGCAGCCUGGCGUUGGCUCUGUGCACAGAGGCGGCCACACGCCCGGCGCUCAGGCACUGCUACUCAAGCAGAGUGCUGGUGAAGGGCCAGGUGACCACCAAGUACUACCGGCUGCUGUCCAAGCGGGGCGGCUGGGUGUGGGUGCAGAGCUACGCCACCGUCGUGCACAACAGCCGCUCCUCCCGGCCCCACUGCAUCGUGAGUGUCAAUUAUGUCCUCACAUGUUUGUACCUGGGGGGAGGGUCACUGGGGUGCUGUCUGCCGGGCACCUGUCCCCAGCGGGACCUCGCGGUGGUGGCCGGAGGGGUCGGGCUCUGGGCUCGGGCCUCGGGAGGCCCCUUCACCGCGUCCUGUGCCACACAGCAGUUCAGCCCGUUCCCGAUGGACAGACUGGAAUGCGGCCAGCUGGCAAACUGGAGGGCCAGCCCCCCCACGGACGCCGCGGCCCCCCCGGAACAGCAGCUGCACCCCGAAGGCGGCGACCUCCUGUACACCCCGCCCUACAGCCUGCCCUUCUCCUACCGCUACGGACACUGCCCCCUGGACCCCCACGUCUUCAGCAGCAAAAAGCCCGUGCUGCCGGCCAAAUUCGGGCCCCAAGGGUCCCCGUGCGAGGUGGCGCGCUUUUUCCUGAGCGCGCUGCCAGCCGGCGGCGAGUGCCAGUGGCACUAUGCCAACCCCCUGGUGCCUGGCAGCUCAUCUCCAGCUAAAAACCUCUCUGAGCCACCGGUGAACACUGCCCGGCACAGCCUGGUGCCAAACUACGAAGCGCCCGCCCCCACGCGCAGGUUCGGCGAGGACACCGCGCCGCCGCCGCCGAGCUUCCCGAGCUGCGGCCACUACCGGGAGGAGCCCGCGCCCGGCCCGGCCAAGGCCGCCCGCCAGGCCCCGCGGGAGGGGGCGCGCCUGGCGCUGGCCCGCGCGCACCGGCCCCGGCCCCCCGGCCCCGCCGCCGCCGCGCCGCCCGCCGCGCCCCUGCCGCACUACCUGGGCGCCUCGGUCAUCAUCACCCACGGCAGGUGACCCGGCGGCUCCUGGGGCCUCCGCAGCCAGAAGCCAUAGGCCGGGCCGCUUCGGCCCCGGUGCCCUAGCGUCCAGCUGAGGUCAGAGGGGCGAGCUGUAUAUGCACGAUUUAAAUUAAUUUAUACAGAGACGACUAUUUUACUAGCACCCCGCCGCCGGCUGUUAGAUUUUUACCGUAGAUGCCAUGAAGGCCG